UUUGUUCGUUCGCUAGGUAGUUUCGGUUCUGGCUACAAUAGUUCAGAGUUACCAAUAAAUGGAGGAUAAAGGAAAAUUUUUUGACGAGACAAAACACUUAUAAGUAAGAAUCUUUCUCCACCGUCUCCUUUGUCCGAUUUCACGAAAAGAUGUUAAUUAUCGACCUUGACAAUAUUUGACAUCUGAAGUUGGAACCGAUAUGUCCAGGCCCAUCUCCGUUGUAAUAGUUGAGGGUCAUAAUGAAGUUAUGAAUUAUAUAUAUCGUGCUAUUGGGAGCAAAACAAUUCCCUUCUCAGGUCUGAAGCUGUUGCAUUUCGAUUCUCAUCCUGAUUUGGGAAUUCCUGAUGUUGACUGCUCAGAAAUCUUGAGAGAUCCUCAACAACUUAUGAAGAAAGUAAGCAUAGAAAACUGGAUAACACCAAUGAUCUAUGCUGGUCAUAUAGAUCAUGUUAUUUGGAUGCAUCCAACAUGGUCGAGACAACUUUUAAACAGGAAACCUACGUGCUAUUCUAUCGGUGAAGAUUUGUGUACAAAACGACUUGUAGUGGGUAUUCCCGAGUCAUAUUUUUACAACGAUGGUGUAUUCUGUAUGGAAGAGGAUAUUAGCUCUCCAGUGAAGUUCGGUCUUACAGUUGCCCCAAUUCAUGAAACAAAUACCCUGUGUCGUGUGUGCACGGAUAUUAUCUGUGUGCUACUAAACCAGUCUUUCAUUUUGGAUAUAGAUUUAGAUACUUUUUCUACACAAAAUCCAUUUUCUACCAAGUUCACAGAAGAACAAUUUGAAAUUAUUGAUCGGUUGUAUACUCCUCCACCUCCCUUAACACUAUGUUUGUCUCCGAAAGAUUUGGAAGAUCCAGCUGUUAUAUUAGCUCAUGGAAUGAGUUGUGCUCAUGUUUUGAAUGCUGCUCGUAAGCGUCAACUAGCUCGUCUUUCUCAAUGGGUUUCUUGUUGGGAGCGCGGGGAAAUGCCGUCGUCUGAAAAUUUUCUUUUAUUCCCCUGUGAACUUGUGGAUUUCGCUCGACUGAUCCUUUCGCUUACGGACCAGAAUUUUGGUCCAGUGGUAUUACAAGCAGUCAGAAAAACCUUAGACUGUGCAAAAAAACAAAUUGCGCUUAAUAAAAAUCCACCAUUGAUUUCACUUGCUUCAGAUGAUAAAGCCAUUCAAGAUGCUUUAAGUAAACUAACUAAUGAAAUGAAUACAAACCCAACUGCCAGUCCACCUGAAGAUCAGAAGUUUUCUGAAGACAAAAAUUCUUCAGUCUUAUCAGAUUAUACCAGUUUUAUCCCAAUGAAACGUCGCUCCAGUAGUCCAUGUGAUGCACAUACAGAUUCAAAAUCAAAAUUACGCCUAUCUGAAUCACCUGUAAUGACAAAUUGUGAUGAGUGUCCAUCAGAAACUGAAAACCAACGUCAAUCUACGAAUUGCUCUGUAUAUUCAAUGGAAGUCGACGGUGAUUCCUGCAAUCGAAUUGAUCUAAACGAAAAUCGUAGUUUAAAAGUAAUCCUUACUAAGCUGGAAACAAGUUCAACUACAUAUAGGUUAAGUAACGGCGAGGAUAAUCCAAAUGUACAGUUAGAUGAUGACCCAUCUAUAUCAAAUGAACAGAAUGAUCAAAGUUUAAGUUUUAUGCAUUAUAUGUGGUCUGGGUGCGCAGAUCAAAAAAAUAAUCCAUUACCACAUUAUGUAUCUAAUUCUUCGGAACAGAAUGAGCUACGUGAACAAAUGGAAGGUUUGUUAAAUCGUCUACACAAUCCUUGCAUGAUUACAAUUGCCAGGUCGGCGUAUGACGGUUACACGCCUUCUCAUCAAGUGUCUAACAUCCAACUUGGUUUGUUACAAAUGCUUGAUCGUGUUUAUGGACGUAAUUUGCUUUCAGUUACUUUGGAUUAUGAAAAGUAAGUCUUCUCGUUAUUGUUUUUUAAACUUUAGUCUCUCUUUUUAUAUUAAAUGUGAUCAAAUUCCUCCGGAUGAGGUUAUUCUCGUAAAGCUUGAGCUUCUGUUGGAAAAUGAUUUAGCGCAUCACUAAACAUCAUCAUCAGAGAUAUUCUAUAGGGAAGUUGCUCUAAAGUUUGAUGUUCUGCCUGUGAUUGGAAUUAAAAAAUAAACCUGAAGAAGAAAUCAGCGUGAACACCGGAAUUCUGAAUUGGAAUUAUUUGUUAUCUACUCUUCUAAUGAACAAAUACGCAUUUAUAUAUAUGUGCAUAUGUGGGAUGAGGAUAUACGCUAUCGCGAAUCAAACUCGCCGCACUUUCGUUUCAGUUAAAUGUGAAGAUAGAACAGAGACGGUCAAUUACUGUUUGGACUUCUUCAAGUAGUUGAUUUCGUUUUACAGGCCCAGAAGAGUUCUGUAAUCAUAUCAGAUGUUACGUUUGACUGCUUUGAAGGUGUUCUAUCAACAUUUUUACGCAGCUAGAAUACUUGUUAUCACGUUUCCUAUUCUGUGCGCGAAAACACCUCACGGUAGCCUUUAUCCUCACUCAUAUAUUUAUCAUUUGUGGAAUUAAACGGAACUACAAUCUGUGAUUUUCCUAGAGGAAAAAUUAGAGCAUCAAAUAGCGAAUAAAUUACUCAGGGGUAUAUCCACUAAUUACAAACCGUAUAGCUUUGCAACGAUGGUCCUUUUAAAUGAUAUUGUUUACUAAGGCUGUAAAAUUGUAUAACUAAUAAGCUUCUUCACAUUUAAGCCACUCACUGUUUUUGUGUUUUUCUUGAAAUUGUUAUGAUUAUAUUUGCGUGAUAUUUCAUAAUGGUAAAAAGAAACUGCAAUAUAUUCAGAAGUAUAUCGUAAAGGUUAGUGAAAUUCAAGUACCACUUAUUCCCUUAAGAGUAUAUGAUGACUGUAAGAAACCAUAUUUUUCUCUACUUAGGCGGAUUCAAACAAUGUUCAUAUGAUAUGGGUAUUAAUUAAGAAAUUUACCUAGUUCCUGAACGGUAAUAACAGUGUAAAACAGAAAAAAAGUUAUACGUAACUAGAAACACCUGAGAAGAUUCAUCUGGAAAGAUUGAUCAAUGUUCAAGAUUCUUGGACAUCUCAGUUAAUCAUGUUACAACCGUAGCAUAGAAAACAACCUAAUAAACUGAUUUUGAGUUGAUAACUAUGGUUUAAAGUGUAAAUUACCAAGGCUUCUUUAAUAAUAUUUUCAGAUGUGAAGUUUCGAAAAAGUUUGGAUUGAAAUGUGUAAAUGAUUUUAAAAGCUGAGUGGCUCGUGAUUUCUGCAUGCUGGAAAUUAGGUGGACUGGUCGAUUUUUAAUGCUCUUCACCAAGUGGUAAACAAUAAAUUUUGUUCAAUAAUUUGCAUUUAAAGGAAAAAGUUAGCUGACGGACAAACACUAAACUAGUCAGUUGUGGCUACUUAUCCUUCCCAGUGAGAUAUAUUAAGAAGCAACUUCACUAUUUUGUUCCGAGUUUCGUCACAUGGAAACGUCUUAUAAAUUGAUCAUUCCGAUUGAUUUUAACCGAAAGAUUCAAUUGUAGAAGUUCGUCAUCUGUUCACGACAUCUCAGAGAAUGAUGCAGAUGAACUAAAAGCAAUGGGAUUUCACAUCACAACACCAGAAGAAUUUCAUAUGGGUGGUCGUCGUAUAUCACCAAUUUCUUGCUUAGCAAGAUCUGAAGGUAAAAGUGUAGUCUACCGUACAGAGCCUGGGAGCAAGGAGAUUGUUUGAUGUGAAACAUUUAAAUAUAUCUUGAAAUAAUUUCGUGAAACUCUGUUUUAUUUUAACUAAAGCCUUUGACAUCUGAAAUCAGUGCAUGACUGUUGUAAUUUUACUUAUGGCAAAUUGAAGCGUUUUCUUAAUACUUAGUGCUUGUAGUAGUCAUGUUAGCAGCAUUACAAGUGCAUUUAAUCAAUCUGAAAGACAGGACAAAGUUAAUUUUCUUAAUUCACAUCCUUGUUUCACCAAUCAACUUCAAAUAACUUUGAAUUAAUGACAUGAAAGUGCUCAGUACUUCAGCUGUACACACUGAUGUAACCAACUUAAGGGAUCGCUAUUGGAUUUAUGUGUUGUGAAUGCUUGGUCGUAAUCAUAUUAGAUUAAGCAUUAUUUUAAAUAGUUCUUCUAUUUAUU